AUGGAACCAGGUCCUUCCUGUCGCUCAUCUGCCUCUCAAGAUCCACCUGUGGUUCCAGCUGCUGGGAACUCUUUUGGCGUGGGUGAAGAUGUGCAAAUUCCUCGUGACGUGAAAACGCACUUUCGCGUGUGUCGCUUCAUAAUGGAAACAGGAGUGAAGCUGGGCAUGCACUCUGUGCCAGUGGCUACAGCGUGCGUGUUAUACCACAACUUCUUCAAACGGGUCAACUUAAGUGUAUAUGAUCCUUACCUGGUGGCCAUGAGCUGCGUAUACCUGGCAGGCAAAGUGGAGGAGCAGCACAUAAGGACCCGUGACAUCAUCAACGUGAGCCACAGGUACUUCAACAGUGGCAGCCCUCCUUUAGAAUGUGACAAGGAGUUCUGGGACUUGAGAGACAGUGUGGUGCAGUGUGAGCUUCUCAUCCUACGACAGCUCAAUUUCCAAGUCUCCUUUGAACACCCUCACAAGUAUUUACUCCACUACUUGAUGUCUGUGAAAUCAUUGGUGAACCGCCACGCUUGGUCUCGAUGCCCUGUUGCUGAGACUUCCUGGGCGUUGCUUAGAGACUGCUACCAUGGAUCCAUGUGCAUCCGGCACAGGCCGCAACACAUCGCUAUAGCGACACUGUAUUUGGCUCUCAAUAGCUACGGAGUGGAGCUGCCUGUUGGAGAGAAACAUUGGUGGCAGGUGCUUUGUGAGGGCGUGACCAAAGCAGAACUGGAUACUGUGAUUUCUGACCUUCUCCAACUGUACGACAUGGAGGCCAAGUGUGUGUGA